GGUUUCUAAAUUUUAGAAAAAAGCUGCACGUUAAUCAAUGAAAGCUGAAUGGAAGAAAGUAAUAAUUGUGGAAUUCUGACUUCCUGAUUUUAGCCAAAGUUGUUAAAGGAAUUGUUUGAAGAGAGGGGUCGGUCUUCCUGCCUGAACCUUUCUGUUAGGUUCUCAUGGAAAAGGACUAGAGGAAUCUGAUUCAUCACUGAUACAGGAGCUUUGUUUGCAAACACAAAGAUCCUUCAAAAUGGACUACUUUCUGGAUGUCGAGUCUGCUCACAGACUGUUUUACAGUCAAGGGGCUCAAGCUCGUCGGGCAACUCUUCUCACUGUGCCCACACUGAUGACAGCGUCUUCAGAGGAGGACAUCGACCGGAGACCCAUCAGAAGACUCCGGUCUAAGAGUGACACCCCCUACCUGGAAGAGGCAAGGAUCUGCUUGAACCUGGAUAAUUCAGCUCGCCGGGCCACGCUGCUCACCGUGCCCACAUUAAUGGCGGCCUCAUCCGAGGAGGACAUCGACCGGCGGCCCAUCCGCAGGGUGCGCUCCAAGAGCGACACGCCGUACCUGGCCGAGGCGCGCAUCUCCUUCAACCUCGACGCAGCAGAGGAAGUGGAAAGACUGGCUGCAAUGCGUUCAGAUUCCCUAGUCCCUGGAACCCACACACCUCCGAUCAGAAGAAGGAGCAAAUUUGCCACCCUUGGGAGGCUCUUUAAGCCCUGGAAAUGGAGGAAGAAGAAGAGUGAAAAAUUUAAGCACACUUCUGCAGCUUUGGAAAGGAAGAUAUCGAUGAGGCAAAGCAGAGAGGAGCUUAUAAAACGAGGAGUGCUGAAGGAAAUCUUUGAUAAAGAUGGGGAACUUUCCUUACCAAAUGAAGAUGGAGCUCUGGAGAAUGGGCAGCCUCUUGGCUCUGCACAAGUGCUGAGCUCCAGCCAGGUGUCCCUCCCAGCCCUAGCAGAACUGGAGUCAGGUUCAGCUUCUGUGGAACCCUGCUCGUAUGAGGUGCUGCCAACCCCAGAGAUCAUGGAUGGGACAGUGUCUGAAGAGAGCCCCACAUCCAAUGAACCCGGAGUCCUCCUGUCCCAAGAUCCUACAGCUAAACCAGUCCUGCUUCUUCCCCCCAAAAAAUCUGCUGCUUUCCCUGGAGACCAUGAGGACACCCCAGUGAAACAGUUGUCCCUCCUCAAACAGCCCCCUGCCCUGCCUCCUAAACCUAUUGCCAGGAUUGCCAGCCACUUAACUGAUCCUGGCGCUCCUGUGAAACUGCCUUGUAUGCCAGUUAAACUGUCACCUCCACUACCUCCAAAGAAAGUCAUGAUUUGCAUGCCUUUAGGGGGGCCAGACCUCUCUCUCCCGUCUUAUUCCACACAGAAGAGCUCCCAGCAGCCUUUGACUCAGCACCAUCACACUGUCCUGCCAUCCCAGUUAGCAGCUCACCAGCACCAGCUCCAGUAUGGCAGCCACAGCCAGCACCUGCCUUCUGGGUCCAGCACGUUACCCAUCCACCCUUCAGGGUGCCGGAUGAUAGAGGAGUUGAACAAAACGCUAGCCAUGACCAUGCAAAGGCUAGAAAGCUCUGGUUUACAUGCAGGUGACAGUGUUACAAAAACAGGACCUGGAGGCCUUCCAGACAUGAGACAAGUGCCAACUGUUGUGAUCGAAUGCGAUGACAAUAAAGAAAAUGUGCCUCAUGAACCGGACUAUGAAGAUUCUUCCUGCCUUUACACAAGACAGGAAGCAGAAGAGGAGGAAGAUGAAGAUGAAGAUAACUCAUUAUUUACAAGUUCCUUGGCAAUGAAAGUCUGCAGGAAGGACUCCUUAGCAAUCAAACUGAGCAACAGGCCGUCCAAGCGAGAGCUGGAGGAAAAGAACAUCCUCCCGAUGCAGACUGAUGAAGAGAGACUUGAACUCAGGCAGCAGAUCGGGACAAAGUUAACAAGGCGGCUGAGCCAGAGACCGACUGCGGAGGAACUGGAGCAGAGGAACAUUCUGAAACCUCGAAACGAGCAAGAGGAACAGGAGGAAAAACGAGAGAUAAAGAGAAGAUUAACACGCAAGCUGAGUCAAAGGCCCACGGUAGAAGAGCUGCGUGAGAGGAAGAUCCUGAUCCGCUUCAGCGACUACGUGGAGGUCGCGGACGCGCAGGACUACGACAGGAGGGCGGACAAGCCCUGGACGCGACUCACAGCCGCCGACAAAGCAGCCAUUCGAAAAGAACUUAAUGAAUUUAAAAGCACUGAAAUGGAAGUUCAUGAAUUAAGUAGGCAUCUAACAAGGUUUCAUAGACCGUAGCAGUUGAACUCUACCUGACUACUAUGCCGUCUUCAAAACAUAACUAAAAGGAACCAUAAGUGCUGGUAUUAUUCACUUCCCUGUUACGUAGUGUAAAUCUUCUGAACUGCCUUUUUAAAAAAGAGUAACAAAUAAUUUAAAAAAAAAAGAAGAAAAUUGUAUUUACAUGUGAUAGGUACUGCAGCAUCAUCAGACCUGCUGAUUCAAGCUUCAGUAACAGAAAAUACCCCUGGUGGGAACCAUGCCAAGACUUGGCAUCUAUGUAUAAGACUUUCCUGGCAUGUGGAUUUGCCGUACGUGUUCCAGCCCAGCUGGUGGUGCAUCCAUUUCAUCUUCAGGCAUCCUUCAUCCUGACGAGCCUCUGUCAUCAGCUCUGGAGAGCCAUGGGAUGGUGUUAAGGGAAUCGCUUGGCUGGGUGAAGCCUCCAAGGGACCCGCAGCACUUCUUACACCAAACACUCCUCUCGGUCCGCGAGCUCCGUCCGUGUGGGGACGGCAGAGGAGCAGAACCACCCUGCAGACCAGCCCAUCUGUGAACAUCCUCUGACUAGAAAGGCAUCUGCUUUCCCCGGAGAAGCUUACAGCCGGCUCUUCGGCACUGCUUGGCUUCCAAGAAGUAAAUGGCAUCACCUCAAAAGAACAGGACUCCUUACUGAAGGCUUCUUCAGUUCUAGCAACUGAUUAUUUUUCAUCUCUUUCCAACGUAGGCCAGUUAUGAACCCAUCAGCAGUACGUGGCAGGAAUGUUGACAACAAGCAAAAGCAUCUCUUCAUGGUCACUGCAUGGCAUUCCCUCAGCUCGUCGUUUGUUUUAUGCCCGAGCCUCGUGACUGUAUGAGGGCCAACGCGCACCCUGCAGCUAGACAAGCUUGGAUUCCCACCCGCUUUGCAGAGAGUACGUGACAUGAGGAACUGGGGGCUCAACUAGGGACAUUCAUCCUCUCUCUAUCAGGUGUAUAAAGAACUGAUACUAGACUCACACUAAGAAAAAAAAAAAAAAAAAACCCUUAUUCUCAAUUUGAGCAUAGAAGAUUGUGCUUUCUGGCCCAACAAGAAGAGGCUGUUGCACAUUGCUAUGGAUGGUGAGACUUGACACUGGUAUCUACAGCUGAGGCAUAAGGACAGAAAUCCAGGGGUGUUGUUUUGAUUUAAUUUAUUUUUAUUACCAUGGUUUAACACACAAACUGACCUAGUAGGACUCAGAGAGCUGGUCACUCUGGGCCUGAUUUAGCUGCCAACUUAAGUGUGUGCUUAACACUGAGUAAGCAUGCAAGCAAUCUCACUGAAUUCACAACAUGUCUCACACGCUUAGUUGAAGCUGAAUACAUAAAAGUGCAUUUCUGAACUUAGGCCAGGACCUUCCAGAAGCAAGUCCUUAACUAGUAUAAUGCCAGCAAGCUCUAGCAAACGUUGUCUAGGAUUCCUUUCCAGCACUUAUAAGAAACUAUUAUGCCAUGUUUUGGAUCAAUGCUCCAAAGCACUGUAGCAACAUUACUGUAAGAAAUUCCAGAUUUUGACUUCAGGAUACCUUUUUUCUUCCAUAACAGCUAUUUUGCUUUGAAAGUUCGAACAGAGAGGCCAAAGUUUUUUACUACAGUAUUGUUAUUUCUGUUAUUAUUUUAUUAUUCUUUCCUUUCUCAGUGUCUUCCAUGUAUCUAUCCACUCUUCUGCGCUCCCGCUCUACCUCCCCCAGUGCUAAAGUUGUCCUUUACUGAUCGCGGGCCAGGGGGCUGCUCGCAGGUGACAAUUUUGUGGCCAACUCCGCACAGUGCCAAGCGCUCCUGCUUCUCCUCGGGCCUCGGGCUCAUCCUCUGCUUGUGGGAGGAAAGGAAGAGGACCUGUGGGUAGCGCGUGGAGUUGCUCCCGCGUUCGGCUUGCCCAAAGGGCGUUGGAGGUGAGGUUUGCUGACCCUGUGUAGGCUUAGCAGCUCUCAGCACCUCGCAGGCUUGCACUCCGCUGGAGACGAGUGAAGGUGAUUCCUCUUCGUCCGUGGCCAUCCGUGCAGCACUACCGAGUCUCAGCUGUUAAGCAGCACUUGGCCGUGGUAGAAUGGAAGGUGCUGCAAAGGACAGUGAAAACCAGCUGGUUUCUGGUGCCUCCUUUUAAGGCAGUGCCUCUGAGAUGCUGCUCUUCCACACCAGGUAAUGAUGGCCAGCCAGACAUACUCAGUAUGAUCCCUGUAUCACCAGCUCACAACUGCUUUAGCUGUAAGUCCAUCAGCAGUGGAAGCUUUUAAUAUGAAAUGUUACCAGGUCAGUGCAACAAGGCCAGAGCACUGACUAGUCACAAAUAUGCUGUUUUGGGGGUGAUUUCGCCCAAAGCCUGGGCUUGGUGUGUUUAAAUUCAUUCACAUACACUUGCCCACAUGACAAGACUGCAUGUACAGCUCUGCAAAGGGGAAGCAAAGCUCUUGGCACCAGGAAAGGGCUCGGUGCCACAGCUGUGCUGAGCGGCAGCUAGCUCUACGGGACAGGGAGCAAGGGGCAGAAACCUGGUGGAACCAGGGAGACUUGGGCGUUGUGGCUCAAAUGAAGAAGCAGGAGGCAGAAUAGGCUGUUGUCAUGGAGUCAUCCGUACCGAUGCUACUGGGGACCCAUGGCCAGCGUCACUUGUCCCUUGUGGGCAUGGACCUUGGAGGUGCCCAUGCCCCCGGCCUGCUAGCCCAAAUAAGCCCCUUCAGCGCAGGGUUGAGGUGCGUGACAGCCCAGCCCCACGUGUGAGCCACAAGGACGUCCCCAGCCACCCAGCCAUGGGCUGGAUGGGCCCAGGGAUGGUCCCCGACAGCCUCAUGGCAAGUCGCCAGUCCCUGGCCACUGGCCACCUCAGGGCACGUGCCACCCACCUGGCAGCUGUGUGGCCACGUUUGAGUUUAUCUAUUUAUUUUUUUAAAUGAUGCUAACUCCUAACUGUCUGAGCAGACGCCGGGACACAGUGGAAGAACCUGCCAUAUUCCUCCUGAGCUGCAAACUUGUCACCAAAAAGGGGGACAGGGGAGGAGAAAGAAGCCAUACAAAGUGUUUGAUGCUUUGACAAGCAUGACUGGCACUUCAUUUAGGGAUUCAACGGGUUUGGGUAUUCUGCAAAUGUAUCCUUUGGCAAGGCAUCCUUUGCAGGUGUAACAAGCCUUCAGUGCCUGGCGAUUGCCCUGUGUCCCCAGCUUGUGUGGUCAGCUCCUUUGGCGUUCAUGGGAAGCUGAGAGCGGCCAGUCUUUUUUAUUUUGAUCUAUUUUCUGAGCACUGCAGCUUCACUUCUCAGCUGUAACAGCCAUCUCCAUGGUCACAGAGUAGCUGUGAGUCCAUUGGGGGUAAAAAGAAGAUUUCUCGCCUGCUCCACACUCCCAUCAGCCUGGGCUGUGUGAAGGAAAUAGAGAUGAUGAUGACAUUCCUGCUGGAGACACCAGCAAGGAGCCUCGUUCAUAGUUGGGAGAGACUAAUAGCUGUAAUAAAGAAGUUGCAUCAGUUUUAGAGAAUGGGAAACCAGCACUCAACACAAAUUGUUGUUCCAGUAAGUGACCAUCGGGGCUGACAGCAGAGAGGGUAAUGUACCAAAGUCAAGGAAGAAAAAGGUUAUAACCAAUAUCUACUGAAUCCU